AUGGUGAGAGAUGAGAUGGCUCGAUGGCUAGCCUCGGGCGUCCUAACCUUUGACGAGCUUCUUCAUCUGCAGACACAAGUCGGAACCACGAUCGAGUUUCUGUACCCACCGUAUGCAGGCUCACGGAAAGAGCCAGACUUUAUGAUCCGCCCGGAUAACCGGCGACUUCCCACUCUGGUCAUGGAAUCGGGCUGGAGUGAAUCCUUUCCUCGGCUUCUAGGUGAUCUGAAUCUUUGGCUAGUGGGCGGCGCGGGUGCGGUUAACGCCACUAUCAUCUUGCAGUGGCAGACAAUCACUGGUACCAACCGGGUCGGGGGGAUGGCGGAGUUAUACACCCCAGAUGUGAACGGGACACCCGUUAUGCGCCAGCGAGAGCUUGUUUUCCCAGCCCCUCCCCAAUCCCAGACUCAAGAGUUCAGACUCACCAGGCGUAUGCUUUUUACGUCAACCUUUCCGGGAAGGAACCCUGACGACGUUAUCACCCUGAAGUUGGACCGCCUUAGGGUGGUGGCAACAGAAGGAUUGUCUUUGAUGGGCCUCGUCCCGGCGUGA